UUCCAGUUACCCUGCUGUGUCUCAGCGACUCUUUCUGCUGCUCUCUGUCCAAAGACUCUGAGGCAAUGGUGUCCAGCGCCGCCUUAAAUUGAGGGGGAGCCAGUCUCCACUACGAGUGCUUGAACCAAUGUUGGGCGAAUUCCUGCCUGGGAAAUUUCAUAAGGCUCCAGUAGAUUCAAGGAAGGAGGGGAUAACCCCAACAACAAGUGUCUUGUUCCCUCCUCUCAGAUUCAUUUGUGGUUAUUCUGGACUGGUCCAUCAGUCAAUAAAGAGCUUUUCAAAAUACACUUCAUUUCAAAGCAGUUCAGAUGGAUUCCAGUCAUUGAUCAACAGUUAUAUCAUUAUGGAUCAGGAAACAGAUGAUAAUGCCAUGGACACCUCUCCAGAGUCAUAUAGAGAUUCAGAUUGUGUCAGUCCUUCAGUCACACAUCAGUAUACAAAUGACAUCAUGGACAAUCCUCAGGUAACAAAUCAAGAACCAGAUGAUGUCUUAGUGAAUCCUCCCAUUAAACAUGAUGAAAAAUGCACAGAAACUCUAAACAAAGAUAAUGAUGACCCAGCUGUGGCAGACUCAACCACUUCAGUUCCUUUCACAUCACCUGAUCAAGAUCCUGGAGUAAAGACCUCAAAUAAAUCACAUGAAGAAUACAAGGAUAAUGUUAAACCAAUAGAAGAAGGGAGGAACCUGGAACCUGAUGAUCACGGUGAUCCCGAUGUGACGGUUGCAUUAUUUGGAAGCUCCGAGGCAGUCCAGUUCGGAUGUGACAACAGUCUACUUGGAGAAAAACAACCCUGUCUUAAAAACACAGAAUUCCCCAUGACCAUUCCAAUACAGAGGAAGAUAUCAGAACAUCUUGCCUCUGUGAUCAACAUGAUAGGCUUACAUGAGACUAAUCUUGAACCUCUCAAUCAAGAUAUUGGUCAACUUCUAAAUGAAAUCCAUGCCUUCAUCUUUGUUGUGCGACUUGGACAGUUGACAGACGAGGAUAAAAUGGGCAUUGAAUGGCUACAGAGAAUAUUUGGUGACAGAGUUCUUUCAUUUGUGAUUAUUCUCUUCACCUAUGAGCGAGAAGAAGAGACUGACACUAUUAUAGAUGACUUAAAGAACAACUCUGUUCUGGCACAGCUCGUGGAGAAAUGUGAAGGAAGAUAUCACAUCUGCAGCAAGAACAUGAACAACCAAUCAGAGAUGAGAGAAUUGAUUGACAAGAUUAAACAGCUGUUCACUGAAAAUAAUCAGCAGUUCUACACAAGAGCGAUGAACAAACCUUCAGGAGACCUGCAAGACAGUGAAUCUCAAAGUGGUUCAGAAACAGAAGCAAGCAUUGGUGAGACUAAAGCACAGCCUUUGGAGAGCUUGGCACAACUACAACCUGAUAAAAGUGACAAACAAAAGCUAGGAGCUAUGCAACUCUUUGACAGGAUUCAACUUAAAGGCAAACACCAAAAACUGAGAACUGUAGAUUUCCUUAAGCCAAUUGUACAAUCACAAUCCCAAGAGUCUUGUGGAGAGGAGGAGCUGGCUUCAGUUUUUCUACAAAAAUUAAUGAUGCUGGACUACAGAGCAAGAUGCCUCCAGAGUAAAGGGAAUAAUGAACAACAUAACACACAACAAAGGAACAAUGACUUUUCUGAAGAUGAUGGUGAUGCCUUUGAUAAUAUUUUUGGAGAAACUGCUAAACCCUCUGAUGAAACAAACCAAAUAGAUGCUGUCCACUUAAUGGAUGUUCAGAUGGCUUUGCUUCAUUGUGCCGAUAGUUUCCUAAAGCAGCUCAUGGUGACUAAACUUUCACAGUGUCAAUAUGCUCUCCCUCUGCUUGUACCAAAUCCAUUCACACAACAGAUUGAGUUCCCACUCUGGACAUUUCGACAAAUCAACAAGAGCUGGAAGACAACUGAUGAUGAGGGUAAAGUCUCUAGCAAAUUCCAGCCAGUCUAUAAGGCAGAAACUCCAAUGGUGGCUUUCUUCAGGUUUGGUCCUGUGACCUCAUCGAAGUCUCAACUGAUGAACAGCCUGAUCAAUGAAAAACACAACACAUUCUUCCACAGGAACUGCCCAGGCAGCAGCAGAACCAGAGUCCUGAUGGAUGGACUGGUGGAGAUCGCCUGGUACUGCCCCUCUGGAAAGAAAACAGAUAAAUUUACUCAUUGUGUUGCCAUUUGUAACCUACAUGGUGAUGCAGGAGCCAAUGAGAAGCAGCUGCAUAUCCUGACUGAAAUGGCCUCUGUUAAUGUUGUUUUUUUACCACAACUCGGCAAGAAUGACAAAAGCAUGGCCAAGAUCCAAAACUUCUACAAGGACUCGAAGCCCCUCAUCUGCCUCCUUACUGAUAAUGAUUCAGUUCUCACAGAAAUGAAAGAAUGGAAAUACAAAAUUGGUUUGAAAGACAGAAAUCAGUCAGUUGUAUUUGAAGAAAUCAGAAGAGCUAUAAAUAAUGGACUCUUGUCUUUUGAAUCAUCUCCUAUUUUCAAGCUUGAAGACGUGGCUGAGCGCUCCGGUAUCAAAGUAGAUGAGGAAAAUGAUGAAGACCUCAAAAGAGGAAAAGAGGUAGCACAGAAGAUGAUGAGUUUACUGCAGGAUAAAGAUCUGACUGAAAUCAAAGAGUCAUUAUUGCCAUUGCAGGGAAAACUGUGGCAUCAAUGGUGCGAGAAGAACAAAGAACUUCAUCGACCUAAAUUAGGAGAAUUACAUAAGGGGAGCAACAUUGAAAAGAACAAAAGUUCUAAACAAUCAGAAAUGCUGAAAAUUCGUGAACAGCAACGGACAUCUGUCAUAAGUCAGUUUAUCCAAAUCUUUAUCCAAAACCUGAAUUCACAAACAAGAAAUGAGGUGUCUUAUUUUCUAAAAUGGCUGGGCAUCCUGCUGGAUGACUACACCGGUGAAAGUCUUUCAGCCCUUCUUCAUCAGUAUGAUGAAAAAUGGUCAACGGUCCUAGAUCUCAAAAAGAAACAGGAUAAAUCACAGCAACUGGCUGCUGCACAAGUAGAACUUGAGACAGUAUCUGAGAAAUUACAAGCUGCAACCUUUGGCUUAGAGCACAUACUGAGAGAGAUUGGUCAGAUAUAUGAAUCAUGUUCAUCUGUGAAGAGGAACAAGAAAGAUAUGACCUUUGACUUCUCUUCUCUCCCACGUCUCGCAGCUGAGAUGAUGAUGUCUGGAUUUCCACUGGAGCUGAUGGAUGGCGACGCUGCCCAUGUUCCUCUGAUCUGGGUUACUGCUGUUAUUGAUGCACUCAUCAAGAAACUGGGAGACCAGAGAGUCUAUGUGUUGUCUGUUUUAGGGAUUCAGAGCUCUGGGAAAUCCACCAUGCUGAACGCCAUGUUUGGACUGCAGUUUGCCGUCAGUGCUGGCAGGUGCACCAGAGGAGCUUUCAUGCAGCUGGUCAGAGUAUCAGAGGAGAUGAAAGCACAGCUGAAGUUUGACUAUAUUCUGGUUGUUGAUACUGAGGGACUUCGUGCACUAGAACUGGCUGGAAGGUCAACAAGAAAUCGUGACAAUGAAAUGGCCACAUUUGUUGUUGGUCUUGGGAAUAUGACACUGAUCAACAUCUUUGGAGAAAACACAGCUGAGAUGCAAGACAUUCUUCAGAUUGUUGUUCAGGCCUUCAUGAGGAUGAAGAAGAUCAGACUGAAUCCAAGCUGCAUGUUUGUCCAUCAGAAUGUUUCAGAUGUCACAGCCGGAGAGAAAAACAUGGAGGGACGGAGACGUCUGCAGGAGAAACUGGAUGAGAUGACGAAACUGGCUGCUAAAGAAGAAGACUGUGAUACAGAGUUUUUCAGUGAUGUCAUUACAUUUGACGUUCAGACUGAUGUCAAAUAUUUUGCACAGCUGUGGGAAGGCAGUCCACCAAUGGCACCACCAAAUCCAGACUACAGCAGAAAUAUUCAAGAGUUGAAGGACACCAUUCUCUCAAAAGCUUCUACAUCUGGCGGAAUUACACUGUCUCAGUUCAAAAUGCGUAUUAGUGAUCUGUGGAAUGCACUGCUAAAUGAAAGCUUUGUGUUCAGCUUCAAAAACACACUUGAGAUUGCGGUAUACAGAAAACUAGAAACUAAGUACAGCGACUGGACAUGGAGCCUCAGAAGCGCCAUGCUGAGCAUUGAAGACAAAUUCUACAACAGAAUUGCCAACGGGAACAUUAAUGUUCAGGAAAAGGACCUGUUGGCUGACAUGAGAAAGACAAAAGAGAAAGUAGAAAAAUCAAUAAUGUCUUACUUUGAAGAGGACAAAGACAAAGAAAUUCUGUGUCAGUGGCGAGGAAGAUUUGAAACCAGAGUCAAUGAUCUUCAUGAUGACCUUGUAAAGGGAACAAAAAGAAAGUUAGAAGAAGCAAUUGAACAGAAAAAAGCCAGGGAAAAGCUGGAUCAGAGAAGAACAGAUUAUGAAAAUGAGCUAUUCAGUCGGAGCAAGGAAUUAGCUUUAAGCCUGAGAAAUACAGGAACAGAUGAGAAUAUGCUGAACAAGGAGUUUGACACAAUGUGGAGGAAAUGGGUCACUGAAAUGACUAAAGAUACUCCUCCACUGAAAGACCUGAACUUCUGGGACGAUGUUGCUCGAAUCUUAUCGGAAAAUCAGGAAUUAACUUUUGUAAAUGAGCGGUUAAAUCAGAAAGACUAUGAACUGAUCGUCCACCGGAGUGAUUAUUUUGUCUACAUAAGACUGAAAAAGCAUCUAGAGCAUUCUGGUGAAGCUGUAUCUUCAGAGGAGGCUGGCGAGAGCUCUAAGAAAAGCAAGAGUGGAUUCAUGCAAAGAUUUGGUCAAAAAAUCAUGUCAGGAAUAGAAUAUAUUACAGGCAAUCAAAAGGCACCAGAGAAAACAGACCUAAAUGCUGAAUGUCAUAACUCGAUAAGGCGUCUGACUCAAAAAAUUAUUCAGGAGACUGAGAUGAUAAUGAAGAAGUCACCAGUCGGAACACGAGGCUACAGUGAUAGUUACAUUCAGGAAAUAACAGACUGUGUUCAAAAGUCAGUAAAGCAACAUGAAUCCAUGAGCCAAAAAUACACACUGAAGAAAGAGUUUAGCAUAGAUCUCAGUCUUCAUGUUUGUGACAUUGCAAGACAGAAGUUUACUGAACUUCACAAAGAAUUCAGAGAAGCAACUGACCCAAGAAUUUUUCUAGAGAAGCAGAAACCUCAACAUUGGAACAUCUUCAAGAACUACUACAAAGGAGCGACGACAACAACCAUACUGAGUGAAUUCAUCUGCGGCAAACUUGGGCCAUCCAUCCUACAAGCGGUUUACAACAAAACUGCUAUUGAUUUGGCAGCACAGAUGAGGUCUGACAUACCAGCAUUACGUGAAAACAGACCAAAUCUGGAGAAACACAUUCUGAAAUCCCUUGCAGAAAAGGAGGAUUUCGGCCAGUACAUAAAAUACAUCCAUAAUCCCAGAAAACACUUCAAACACUUCAUAAAAAAGGAGGUGGACAGAUACUUCACCAAACAAAACAAAAUGAUUCAAAAACUUUUCAAAGGAAAUCUGACAGAAAAAGAGCUGAUUGUAAGUAAUGCCAUUAAAACAGCUACAGUGGAGGUCAAGAGUCGGAGCGGAGACGGCAAAAUGUGGUUCAGAUGCUUCACCGUAAGCCUGACAGAUGAGCUGAAACUCACAGAGAACUCAUGUGGUGAUCUCAGCGAGAUUAAAGACUUGGAUUUUCUUGAGACUGAUUUAAGCGACAAUCUGAAGAAAGAGACGACAAAGCUACAGAACAGCUUUACAAGCAUUAAUGACAUGAAAAUGUGCAGGAAAAGUCCAGAUGAGAUUUUGAUUGACCACUUCUGUCAGUGCUGUUGGGUUCAGUGUCCUUUCUGUAAAGCCAUCUGCACCCACACGAUGGAAAGCCAUCCUGGAGGUCACAGCGUUCCUUUCCACCGCAACAUUGGACUGAAUGGGUGGUUUUACAGAGGAACAAAAAACUUGUCUAUUGAUAUCUGCACAACAGCAGUAGCAAGUGAUCGAUCUUUUUAUCCAAAUUCCUCUAAAUACAAAGUUCCCUGGAACAAAUACAGAAAAGGAGGUUCUAAAUAUGCUAACUGGAGCAUCACUCCAGAUCACUCUGAGCUGCCGUACUGGAAAUGGUUUGUUUGCAGAUUCCAGAAAGAUCUGGAGGAGUACUACAGUAAAACAUUCCAGGGACAUGGUCAGAUUCCAGAUGAAUGGAAAGAGUACACAAAAAAGGAUGCUCUGGAAAGUUUGGAAAAAUACUUGUAAUGGCACUCUUUCAGAUCCCUGUUUAUAGAGGAUGUUUUGACAUCCUGUUUCACAAUAUUGUUUCUGAACUGGUAGAUGCAGUAUAUUGUGCUUUUGUAGGAGUUCUUUAAAAAAAAAAUGCAUACUGAAGUAACACUGCUAUGCUUUUUAUUUACACAUGUGACUGUUAGUCAGUGGGAAAUGUUUAAUGAUUUAUUCUGUCAAAAAAUGUCAUUAGAUUAUGAAAUAAAAAUAAAAAGGGGUUUUAUUUUUGUGUCUCUAUCUCCAUGAAGGGAAUUGGUGUAUGUAGUGAUGUAAAGCUGGAAAUUCAAUAGAUGUGAUUGACAAUUUUAAUUGUAUUUACUGUUGUUGUUUUUAUUGUUGAUUUCAUAUAAUGAUGCUUGCAAAAUGAUGUUGCUUGUAUCUUUAAACCUCAACCACAUUUUACUUAUCAGAGGUGAAAAAGCACCAUGAUUUCCUUAUUGUUAAUCUCUUUGAUCUUUUGAAAUCUGUGAGCUGUACUCGGUUAUCACAGAGAUGUAGUUCUACAUGUUUUAUUAAUUUGUAUGAGGAUGUAAUAUCUGAAUAAAG